CUCUCUCUCUCUCUCUCUCAGAAUGUCCUAUUACAGAUUGGUCUUAAUGUAGUCUCCAUUGAUGGAAUGUUAAUCAAGAGAAUAAGAACCUACGCUCAACAAUGCAAGGCCUGCUUCAAUAACUGAUUUCUCUAAGAAGACUGGUGAUUAUCAAAGUCUAUCAGCUGUUGAUCUUCGACUGAUUGCACUCACUUACCAGCUGGAGAAGGAGAGAGGGCCUCAAAGAGGAACCAAUUUAAGAACUGACCCAAUACAAACCAACAAAGAACAACAAAGGAUACCUUAUUCUACAGCUGGUUUCUACACUGGAAAGAAGCCACAGAAGAAUGAAGCAACAUUGAGUGACUCCCUCAAUGAUGUUGAUAUUAAUAAAGAAUGUGAUGACACAUCAACUGAACAAAACACUUAAAAGGAGGAAAGAAAGAGAACAAGAUGGAGAUAAAGAUACAGCACUAACUAAUGACAGUCUUGAGGAGCAAAUAGAAGAAGAGGAGGAGGAGGAAAGAGGAGAGGGAGAGGAUGAUGAUGAUAGUUGGAUUACUCCUGAUAAUUAUCAGUCAGUUUGUGAUGGUAUUGGUGGAUUGAUGGAGGAGACUAUUGAUGAGAUAUCUGUUGGCUGUAUGACCACUGACUAUGCUAUGCAGAAUGUCCUAUUACAGGAUUGGUCUUAAUGUUGUCUCCAUUGAUGGAAUGUUAAUCAAGAGAAUAAGAACCUACGCUCAACAAUGCAAGGCCUGCUUCAAGGUUUAUUUUAAAAGUGGUCUGUUGUUUUGUCCUAACUGUGGCAACAAGUCAAUGAUUAAAGUGCUAGCUGAUGUUGGUAAAGAUGGCCUCAUUCAUUAUUCAUCACUCAGUGAUAAACAGUUCAGUGAUAAAGGACUCAGAUACUCCUUACCAUUACCUAAAGGUGGUCGUAGACCUGAUCAGCUCCUCCUUUCUCUGGCCCAAAGACUCACAUUUUGUCUUCCUCGUUCUCGGAACAAACCACACCCACUAGACCCAGAUUACAUCAGUCAAUCAUUUCCGUUUUCUUUUAAUGACGUUACUAGUCGUGGAGCACAGAUAGCGUUUCGUGCCGGAGGAGGGCGUGGUCGAGUGGGAGGGGCUUGGCAUAGGAACCCGAACCAGGUUAGAAAGAAGAAAUGAAUAUACACAAGAAAGAACGACAAUAAUGAACAAGACAAAAAAUUUCAACAAUUUUAAGAACAUAAAUAGUACACAAGGUGUAGAGACAUUGUAAAUU